CGUAAUACAAGUUAUUAAGUCCUAAAUCACUCUUGACCAUGCCGGGAUUAGUAUACUCGUCGGAUUCUGAUGACAUCUAUGGAACCAGCCACUCAAGGCUCUUUGGACGAGAGAGGCCAAUUCAUCAGGUUCUUGGAGGUGGCAGAGUUGCGGAUGUGUUGUUGUGGAGGAACAGAAAUGUAUCGGCUGCGCUUUUGGGUGUGAUGACCGUGAUAUGGUUUCUUUUCGAGGUAGUUGAGUACAAUUUCGUCACCCUCCUCUGUCACGCCUCCAUUACCACUAUGCUUGUUAUCUUCAUUUGGCGCAUGGUUGCAGAAAUCUUCGGAUUGACACCUCCUAGAAUACCUGAAUUUAUAUUGGAUGACUCUACAUUCAGAGAUGUAGCUUCCACAGUCCAUAAAAAGUUCAACCGUUUCUUGUCAAAGCUCAUUGACAGUGCUUGUGGAAAAGACCUACCAUUCUUCAUCUUGGCAAUCGUUUCUCUAUACAUUUUGUCUGUGAUUGGAACCUAUUUCAGCUUUCUGAAUCUUCUUUACUUGGGGUUCCUGUGUCUGGAAACUCUGCCUUUUCUGUACGAGAAAUUUGAGGACGACGUUGAUCAUCUAGCUGGAAAAGUUUCCCGUGAAAUAAAGAGAUCAUACAGAAAGUUUGAGGCUCAGUUCCUCAACAAAAUCCCAAGAGGCCCAGUCAAAGACAAGAAGAUCAGAUGAUUAAAAUCCUGGCCAAAGUUGCGCAUACAAUCAUUGUACUAAAUUUACCAUGAAGAUUUCUGUAAAUAAAACAUUACUUCAUAUAAUGUUGUAUAAAACUCAAUGACUCAAUAUUAUCACACUUUAUGGUAA